AAAUAAAAAAAUCGGAUCGUUUUCGUUCCGUUGGUUGGUAAUAUCUGUCAGAUGUCAAAAUAAAAACUACAUACCGUUCUGUUUAUUUUCUUGCAAAUGGCAGCAAUUGAGAAAGUUAAAGUUGUUGUUCUUGGUGAUUCAGGAGUUGGCAAGACAUCUUUAACUCACUUAAUAGCACACCAUAAACCAUUAUUAUCGCCAGGCUGGACCGUAGGUUGUUCCGUUGAAGUCAAGUUGCACAAGUACAAAGAAGGAACACAAGCGCAAAAUACAUUCUUUGUUGAAUUUUGGGAUGUCGGAGGUUCAAAUGGUCAUAGAAAUACCAGGAAUGUAUUUUAUCAGCCUACACAUGGUAUUAUUCUAGUACAUGAUUUAACAAAUAGAAAAAGUCAAAUUAAUCUACAAAAAUGGCUCUCCGAAAUCCUUAAUCAAGACAAUUCAAAUCCCACACUACAGCACGUGGAUGUUGAUCCUGAACAGUUUUUGGGCUCCACACAGAUACCAAUACUUGUCAUUGGUACAAAAUAUGAUUUGGCUGAAGAGACACAGAGGAAAAAUCAGUAUAGACGUCUAGCUAGCAGUAUUGCGGAGCAAUGCGGCGCUGAUGAAAUAUUUGUCAAUUGUCACCAAAUCAGAUCGUUAGCACCAGGCACCAGCAACUCUGUCAAACUAACGAGAUUCUUCGACAAGGUUAUAGAAAGAAGAUAUUACUCGCGUGUAAGUCCUUUCCCCGACAAAAGAAGACAAAUCCCAUCCUACAUGAUGACGACAUCAACCCCGUUAUCAAGUAACAAAGCUCCACAGUACAUGAGCCCACGUUUUUACCAUAUGGACUGAGAAUAGAUAGAAACUCUUAAGUACAAGACAACAAAAAUGAAAUUAUGCCCUUUACAAAUAAUAUAAUAAAACUUAUUGUUUUGUCAGUCAGUCAGUGAAAGUAUCAGAGUAUUUGUUAAUAGAUGUGGUUGCCCAUUUCGUUUGGCAUUUCGGGGCAAUUUAAAAAAGUGCUGUAAGAAUGAAAGAAAAUAAAAACUAUUUUUGUUAAAGUCUGCUUUUAUUAAACGUUUUCAGUAGUUUUAAAGAGCCCAAAUGCGCACAUAGUCGACUUGUAGAGAUGCGUCUCUUCCAUCGUUUAUGUUGAGGUUCCAAGUUGGGAGCCAAUUGUUUCGCGCGCGCCAAAAGUCAGUUGAAGCCUGUAAAUAAGUUUAAAUAAACGCACACAGUUCGAUAACACUAGUACCUACA